AUGGAGAUUUCAUUGGUAUAAAUGCUGAGAGAGGCUGUAAGGGAAUGAGCAGCCCAGAAAUGGGAAGCAAAUUCUGCAGGUGGGGAACGAAGUUAUUCAAAGCCCCUGCUGCUUCCCUGGUAUCUGAGAUUUUUCUUAGUCAAGCUAACUGCUUCUGACUCCACUGAGAAAUCAGGAACACACCUUGACAAUUCUGUUGGGUCACAAAUAUUAAAUAGUGGAACCUUGAAAUUAACACAAGAUUUUAGGGGAAAGUCUUCAAAGGCACAAAUGGAAGUUUGGCACAGUUGUGACUGAAAGUCAAUGGAGGUUGGGUAUCUAACUGCCCUUUAUGACUUGGACAGUCUUCCUUUUCAAGUACUGGUGCGAUCCCACUGAAAGCGCAUGUUAUAAAAUUUCAACCUGAAAGCAUGCGGAUCCUGUGAUGCUUAUGGGCCUGUGAUGGGUUGGUAUAUUGAGGAAAGGGUCUUUGCAAGGUAGUCGUAUUGUAGAAAAUGAUGUUGAGCCUGGUGUUCUAACUCCUUGGACUUCCCCUUGAGCUGUGAAAUUUAAACUCACUUUAUAAUAUUGAAAACCCCAAAUCUCUCAUUCUCCAACACAUCAACAAUCAACUGUGAUGAAGUGUCCAUUUAGAUCUGUUUGCGUGCAGGUUCUUCAGAAAGGAGAAAAUCCCUUGGAAAGAAGUCAUGCUAAAGGAAAUGGUACAAACACUGAAGUUUAUGAAGACUUGAGUGUACAUGGAGAUGAUAGAUAUCCCUGUCUCCAAAAUGGAGGUUGUUUAGUUAAGCUUUGUGGUCGACCAUGAACGCUAGUGGCCCUGGAUAUCCAUUAGCUUCUUUGUAUGUGGGAGAUCUUCACACAGAUGUGACCGAAGCCAUGCUGUAUGAGAAGUUCUCACCUGCUGGACCGAUCAUGUCCAUCAGAGUUUGUCGGGAUGUUGCCACGCGUCGAUCGCUCGGUUAUGCCUACAUAAAUUUUCAGCAGCCUGCUGAUGCUGAGAGGGCCUUGGACACCAUGAAUUUUGAAGUGAUCAAAGGUCGGCCCAUUCGAAUCAUGUGGUCUCAGCGAGAUCCUGGCCUCAGGAAAUCAGGGGUUGGAAAUGUCUUUAUCAAGAAUCUGGAUGACUCCAUUGACAACAAAGCCUUGUACGAUACGUUCUCAGCCUUUGGGAAUAUCCUUUCUUGCAAGGUGGUUUGUGAUGAGAACGGAUCCCGCGGUUAUGGCUUUGUUCACUUUGAGACCCAUGAGGCGGCAAAUCGGGCCAUUGACACCAUGAAUGGGAUGCUGCUCAAUGACCGCAAGGUCUUUGUUGGCCAUUUUAAAUCCCGCAGAGAGCGGGAGGCAGAAUUUGGGGCACGGGCGAUGGAAUUCACCAAUGUCUAUAUCAAGAACUUUGGGGAUGAUAUGGAUGAUGACAGACUGCGGGAAAUAUUCUCCAAGUUUGGGAAGACGCUGAGCGUCAGAGUUAUGAUGGACGAUACUGGUCGCUCGAAAGGGUUCGGGUUUGUCAACUUUGAGAAGCAUGAAGAAGCCCAGAAGGCUGUGGCAGACAUGAACGGGAAGCAGAUCAAUGGCCGGAUGGUGUACGUUGGCCGAGCUCAGAAGAGGAUGGAGCGUCAGAGUGAACUGAAGCGUAAAUUUGAACAGAUCAAACAGGAAAGAGUGAGCAGAUACCAGGGGGUGAAUUUAUAUGUGAAGAACCUGGAUGAUGGUAUUGAUGAUGAGCGGCUGAGGAAGGAGUUCUCUCCAUAUGGUACCAUUACUAGUGCAAAGGUGAUGACAGAGGGUGGACACAGCAAAGGGUUUGGGUUUGUAUGUUUUUCCUCCCCAGAAGAGGCUACCAAGGCCGUGACGGAAAUGAACGGACGGAUUGUCAGCACCAAGCCUUUGUACGUCGCUCUCGCUCAAAGAAAGGAAGAAAGAAAAGCGAUUCUCACCAACCAGUAUAUGCAGAGACUGGCCACCAUGAGGGCCCUGCCUGGCCCUCUCCUUGGCUCCUUCCAGGCGCCCACAGGGUACUUCUUGCCUGCCAUCCCACAGCCACAAACCAGAGCUACUUUCUACAGUCCUAGCCCAGUUGCCCCAGUCCGUCCUGCCCCUCGGUGGAGCACACAGCCCUCCAGGCCUCCCUCCGCCUACCACACGGCUACUCCAAUCCUGAGGGCAGCAGCUCCACCCAGGCGCCUGCUAUCCAACAUCAGCACCAUGAGACAGGCAUCCACCCAGGUGCCCCGAGUGCCACCGCAUGCCCAGAGAGUGGCCAACAUAGGGACCCAGACGCUUGGUGCCCGUGCACCCACCUCACCAGCCCUGCUGCGGGGCGUACCACAGUAUAAGUACUCCUCAGCGGUGAGGAACAUCCAGCCGAUGGGAAACGUGGCACCUAUGCUGGUACAACAGGGGCCACAGGGACAUGCCGGCUGUUUCCGGGAGAGGCAUGAGGCCAGGGCAGGCAGGGAGCCUGCCUUAGCCCCGCUGUGCUGCAACUGGGAGCCACCUGAGGCUGGAGAACCUGCCGUUCAUAUUCAUGGGCAGGAGCCUCUGACUGCAUCCAUGCUCGCUGCAGCUCCUCCUCAGGAGCAGAAGCAAAUGCUAGGUGAACGCCUUUACCCCCUAAUCCAUGCCAUGCAUGCCUCAUUGGCUGGGAAGAUCACAGGAAUGCUGCUAGAGAUCGAUAACUCGGAGCUGCUGCUUAUGCUAGAAUCGCCAGAAUCUCUCCACUCCAAGAUCGAGGAAGCAGUUGCAGUGCUCCAAGCACACCAGGCUACCGAAUCAUCGCUUAACAGCAGUGCUGCAACAUUCCUCCUAUGAGACGCAGAGGAGGGACUCUGAAGAACACUUGGCUCUGAAGAUAAAGCAACUACAACCCUGACAUGCAUCACCACAUAUAUUGGAAGCAUUUAUUUAUUUUUUCUGUGUACAGACAGCGACACUGACUUGCAUUCAAAGCCCAACGUUACUUUUUCUUUGUGCAUCAAAAACUUUGCAAAAUGAUUUAUCCCCAUAAAUGAACUGCAUCUAUGUAACACUGUCCAUGUGAGCUCUCUUCUGGCAAUCCUCACCACUGACAGCAGGUAGUGAAAAUGUUAACAACGGGGACACGUGGUAGAAUGACAACCUCUCCUUGUGAGUGGCGAGGAGGGAGACACAAUUGGUUCAGUUGUAGUGUUCAAUGAGAUGAUGAAUCAUCAGAGCUUGUCAUUUUUAGUAAGUUCUUUGGGUUCUGUAACGUUUUAUUUGUUCAUGUGGUUGACACCAUAAACAGCUGAUGCAUCUGCCCUCA